UUGAGUCGUAAAGGUGGAGAACGACGUUCGGCAUAUCCUCCUGUCUCUCCUCAUUCCCUAUCUUUCUUUCUUUCGUUUGCUCGUUUCCUUUUGCGUAUGCUCUUCCGCCUGAAACGCAUUCGACGGAGGCACACGCGACUCGGCGGCAGAUUCAAUUUGCGCGCGUGUCAUACGGGAGAAUCUAUGAUUUGCCAGUGAUUUUCGUGGGUCAAGGACUGUCAUUUAGUAGUGCGAUUUAUUUGCAAAUCGCGGGAGCUUACGUCAGUGAUUUCCAAAGAAGAACGACAUUUACUUCAGAUAUGGCCCAGACUUAUAAUCAGAAGAAAAAUGUGUAUAGCAUCGACCAAAUUUUGGGUCAUGACAAAGAUGGAGACCACGCGACAUCGUCUGAUGCUGUGGUUGAUGGUGGCGAUAUGGAGCUCGGUCAUCUGAGCGAUCAUCAGAUCAACGACGCGCUGCACGAUCCCUUGAAUCUGGGUGAGUCCGACCGACCACGCAAGGUGCGAAGAUCGCGUACAACUUUUACGACCUAUCAGCUGCACGAGCUUGAGAAGGCCUUCGGGAACACGCAGUAUCCGGAUGUGUUCACCAGGGAAGAGCUGGCGAUGAGGCUGGACCUUUCGGAAGCUAGAGUACAGGUGUGGUUUCAAAAUCGGCGUGCAAAGUGGCGCAAGAAGGAAAAAGCUUUAGGCAGAGAUACGAGUUUUAUGCACGUUGAACAAGGCGGUGUUAACGAGUUGUCCCUUCACGCACGGCUGUUGCAAACGGCGAGUGGCGUUCCCGGCACGGAUUCCUCGGGUCCACCCGGGACAGGCGCGUUUCCCUGGUUCAUACCUCCGGUUUUCCCGUCGCCCUGGCCACCGAGCGCACCCAAGUUGCCGCCAUUGCACGCGCUCCUGUCGCAAUACAUCGGUCUGCCUUUGCCGCAAAACCUGGCGUCACUCGGCACGAUGCUUCCGGUCGGCCUGAAUCCGAGCUCGUCGCUAAAUCACAGCAGCGUGAACGGACACUCCUUGGGCGGCCAUUUACAUGGUCAUCCCUUGAAUCUCGGAGUGCAGAGCAUACCACAAAACCUAAGUUCGAAGAAUGACAGGGAGGAGGACUCGGCGUCGUCCGACGACGAGAUCAGGAAGCAAAGCGCGGAAGUGCUGAGAGUAAAGGCGGAAGAAGCGCUACGCAAGGCGGACAAUUAACUGUGAGAGCUUACGAAUUUUUGUAAAUACCUUUGUAAAGACCUCUUCGGGUCAUCCAAAACCCGUUUGAUACUAACGUAAACAUU